AUGGACGUAUAUGAAGAAGUUGAUGAUACGCAAUCAGAAAUCGAUGAAGCAGUUGAGGAAAUGAUCGAUACAUCGAAUAAUGAUAGCAUGGCAACGCAGGAAAUUUCUCGAGAUCCGACACAUUCAACGGUAGCAUCACUUGCAACAUCACAGUCGAAUAAUUCACCAACAAACUAUCCGGCACAAUAUCCUAAUCCUAUUAAUCUAACGAUAUAUCCACCAAUGAACGGAUUGAAUAUCAGUCCGGUUUACUACACUGAUCCGCAAUCAACCGGAUUUAUUGCUGAUAAUCGUAAUGUUGCAAAUUAUGAAGAAGUUUCGACAUAUCCUUUGCCACCUACAAGAAUUUCAUUAUUUUCCGAAAUACAACGUACAACAGCACCAGAUCAUACUGAUCCUCAAAAUUCUCCAUCAUCAGUUAUACCAUCAUCCAAUUAUUCACCCAAUGAUUAUGUCCCUCCUCCGUUUAGAGCACCAGUAUUACCAAUUCCAACUUCUGAUAAUGCUACAAAUAAUAAUCCAUCUGAAUCAAUCACAUCAUCACAGCAAACAAUUGCUAUGACACAAACAACUGCACAAAGUGAAUUAAUGCAAAAGACUAAAAAAAGAGGUCGCAAACGCUUAUGUGAUAAUGCUACUCGUACAAACGAACCGAAUAUUAUUCCGGAAAAUUCAAUUCCGAAAAAACGUGGAAGAAAACGCAAGGAUAGCAAUGAUGAUAGUGGUGGGAAAACAAAUGAUGCUUUGCACGAGAUCGCGCAUCAAUCGAUCAAUGAUGCAAACUUGACAAAUAAUGAAGCGAAUGUUAAAGAAGCUCAAAAGCAAAAUUCCGGAAUAUCAAAUCAGUCAUUAAAUGCAGUUUUGGCAGUAACAAAUGCUGAUGAGGAUGAAAAGAAGAAAAAAAGCGUUCCCGUAAGAAAGUCGUUGGAAAAUCUGAUGAAACAAUUGAUGACACAUCAGAUCAAGGAGGAUAAUUCAGUAACUGGAAAAUCGUCAACUACAAAAAAACAAUGCAUGGAAGAAUUACUGUGCAAACAAAAAAGUCGUAUGGCAUUUCCGAAAGGUACAUUUCUGAUUCGAUACUGUGAUUUGGAGACAUUGGACAGUGAUCAAAUUUGGUGUGUGGACAAUCACCAUAUGCUGCUCAAAUAUCGCCUCACUUCGCAUAUCGAAGGAAAACGCCGUCUAUAUUUAAAAUCUCAACCUGAACGGUUUAUUGGUUGGAAAUGCGAGGAACCAUGGCAUUUUUAUGAAUUGACAGUUCUUGAACGUGAUCGUGACGGUAGCAAAGUGCUAAUACUGUAUCCGGAUGCCAAAGAAUUGGCAGAAUGUCGUGAAAAAGCAAAACGACAAAAACAAAUUGCGGAAGAAAUAAAACGAGGCUUGGGUACUUCACGUGAUUCCGGUUCUGUUAAACAAGAUUUUGGUGAAACGGAAAACGAUCAGAUGAUGCAAAAUGAUGAUACUUUCAUGGAUACAGAAGAUCAGCGUCUGCAUCAACAACAGAAUAUUGAAGUUCAGAUGGUUGAUGAAGCAGCAAAUGCAAUCGAACGUUUCAUUCUAAUUCCGGAUAAUGAUUAUACUGAAAUGAAUGAUGAGCAUAUGGAAGAAACGGUUGCUAUCAAGGAUUCAACUGAAGAACAGAUGAUUAUUACGGAAGAAGAUAAUAAAUAA